CAUUCAAAACACCCUCCUCGAUCCUCUUUAUUCCUGCUCCUCGCGUGAUUGGCCUAAAUAGGCAGCCGCCUAGACGACACGAUGAAUACCAAUAAUGACUCACGCUGAUCCUGAUCCUGCCAAUCUCUCGCCGAACAACUCCAAGAUAAAUACAUUUUUAUUGAUCGAUUCUAGCGACUUAGGAAGGAUAUUGUCACUCAUACGUUUUCUUUCCCUUUCAAUGUUAUUACGCUGUAUCGAGUGACAUCUUUGUCGAAAGUUAUAGAGGCAGAAGGAAAUGCCCUGCGCGAUAUGUCACGAUUUCCAGAGAAAACAGCGAGAACACAGCGAGAACGAUAAAGACAGUGAAAAUGAUGAAGGCGAAGGGGAACGGAACGUCGAAGUAGAGCGGUUUUCCUGGGCUGCGUUGAAAACGAGAGCGGUUUCAUGUUCGACGUGCGAGAUCCUGGUGCAAGGCUGCACCGGCAUUUUGAGAAAGAAUGGUGUUGGUGAAGAGGAUAUUAUAUACGGUGGUCUUCGGUUUAUGUACCCAUCAUCUUCGGAGGUUUCGAGCGAUGAGGAUCAAGGAGAGGCAGAUGAUGAUGAUGAAGAUGACGAUGACGAAGACGAGCCGCAAGACUUGGAAAAGCGAAUAACAUUCCACCUAGCGAAUGGAGAAUGCUUGGAGAUUGAAAUGUUCGCCAGCGAAGACGAGACCUCCGAGAACUCCGGGAGCAGUCACUGCGUUUGGGAGUUUAAUCCCACCAGGAGCCGGACGUGCCAGCAGACGGACUCAGCAAUGGCUCUGGCCACCAUCAAACAGUGGAUUUCUCGGUGCAUAGUCAGUGAUUACGCUCCGUAUAGCAGCUGUGAGAUUCCAGAAUACCCGCCGCUCCCUACGCGAGUGGUAGAUGUGGGUCUUAAAAGUGGCACAGUGAAACUCGUUGAGAGCAAAGGGCGGAAGGCGAAGUAUAUUUGUCUAAGUCACUGUUGGGGACGCGAGCCGAUCAACACCACUAUAACUUCCAACCUCCGUAGUAGGACAUUGCAGAUCCCGUGGGACGAAUUAACGAAAACGUUCCAACACGCUAUAACCCUCACCCGAGAUCUGGGAAUCGAAUACAUCUGGAUCGACUCACUGUGCAUCGUACAAGACAGUGCCAGUGACUGGGAGAUUGAGUCUGCAAGAAUGGCAGAUAUAUACAGCAACAGCCACCUAACCAUCGCAGCGACGAGCUCUCACGAUAGCCGCGGGGGAUUGUUCCGCUCGCCCUCAGACAUCAAAGUUAGCGGUACGCGCGCUACAGGAGAACCCUAUAAUCUUUACUUCCGAGAAGCGAUUGAGCACCACAUCGAUAACAUGGGUGAGGCGACCGAGAAGCGGUACCCGUUGCUGACGCGAGCGUGGGUAUACCAAGAACGCAUGCUGUCAACACGAAUUGUGCAUUUUGGACGCGACGAGCUGUUCUUCGAAUGCAAAUCCGGUGUCAGCUGCGAAUGCGGGUAUAUCGCUUAUCACGAUACGAGUAUGGAGAGCCAGGUGCUCCUGCUCAAAAUAGUAUAUGCGGAUGCCAUCUCGGGUCAUGAUGCUGUUGAAUUCGAGGAGGAUCUAGAAGCGGUGCAUCAUCAUCGAAUGCGACUGUGGCGCACGUUGGUUUCUUCUUAUACGAAUCUCUUCCUGACGAAGUCGAAGGAUCGGUUACCGGCCGUAGGUGGCAUGGCAAGACAGUUAUCGACGAUUCGCGGAUCCGCGUACGUAGCUGGUCUAUGGAAAGACAGCUUGAACGAAGAUCUUCUAUGGACCGUAUAUUCUCCUCGAAAAAGGAAGUCCCGCGAGAGUGUACUCAAUGCGCCGAGCUGGUCAUGGGCAAGCGUUGAAACACCCGUUAGCUAUUGGGAUGGGAUCAUGUUCACCACGUUGGAUGGGCCGAUGGUAGAGACUGUACAGCCACGAGAUCACUUCAGUAAAAUUCUCCGAGUCAGCGUUACGCCAUCGGCCAUUGACGAAUUCGGCUCCAUCGCUCGCGGGGUGCUGAGGAUCUCAGGGCUCGUGGUCGAGUGUACACUGCAGUGGGACACUGAACUGCGAAACGGCCAACAAGUGUUCUGCCCAUAUAUUCAAGUCGGAGAUAAUCGACUGCGAGUAGAUGCGGAUUACUGUCUGGAUGCGGAAGGUCAUGGGUUCGUAGAAUCAGGAACGCCGGUGUAUUGCAUUCGGAUGAGCCUGUUGCGCAACUUUGAGAGAGAGAAUCUAGUUUCGCUCGUCCUGAGGCAAUCGGCAUCCCAUACAAACGCUUACGAGCGGAUAGGAAUUGUUAGGAUUGCCGGUCCCCGCAACUCGGUUGACCCUUAUGGAGGCGGGAUCUUUCUAAAUAUUCCUGAGCAGGCAAUUACUAUUGUGUAG